AUGAUUUUUCUGUGUCAAAGUUCGCAUAACAGUCAAGUCUGUAUAGCUCUGAAAAUUAUGACCAAUGUGUUCGUAAACUCGCAUUUAAGAGCUUUCCACUUUGAUGAGGAUUUAGCAUCCGACCUCCACCGUGAUCAGAGUGCCCUCCCCAUAAAGGAUAAAUACUCCUUUGGGUUCACGUACAGAAGAUUUUUCACCUACCUGAACAGUGACUUAAACCUAUUUGACAAGCUCCUUUUCUUGCUUAGACACUGCAGGAACAGGAACAUCGAAAUGGGUUCUGUGCACUGCUUAGCUAGCUAUACCUUCCCCAACAACGUUUGCGCUUUGAGAGAGGAUGUGGUGUUUGAUUACUGGGGGGAACGGGACUCCUCCCCCGUGCUCAGGUUCUUUCACGACUACGAGGCGUUUUCCUACUUGGACUUCUUCAGCGACAGCGCCUUUCUCUUCGAAGGGUGUAACGUCUAUUUUUACGACACGCGCAAGAGGGGGGAAGCUAAAGUGCGUGCUGAUGAACACGCCGACGAAUGCGCGGACAAAUCUGCUAAAGAAUACACAGACAAAUCUGCUAAAGAAUGCGAGGAGGGGGGUAGAUCCCCGGGUGAAGUGAAACUGGGCGGCGAGGAGACGGGGCACUCGAGCAACCACUCCUACGCGCAGUGGGGCGGCACCGACUGGUCCGAGGUGGCGAGGAAGUUAGAAAAGGGAGACGUAGCAGGGGAGAAUGGAAACAAAUCAAACCGGGAAAAAAGCGAAAACUGGACCAAAGGGGCAAACCGGGAAAAACGCGAAAACUGGACCAAAGGGGAAAAACAGCCAAACGGGAUGAUAACAGAAGUACCCAUAGAGGAAGAGCUCAUCGCCCAUCUCAAACCGCUUAGCAGCAGCACAGAUGACCUACAAGAGAUGCAAAAGAUAAACGUUAAAAUGGUACACCUGGGAGGUUCACAAAAAUACCUACAUGAGGAUAUCCUCACCAACAUAAGCACGAUUCUGAAAAACAAUUUCGGCGUAGUCCAAGUGGAAAAUAGUUGUGUAUGCCUUUUAAUAGGUCUACUCUGCAGAUGUAGACAGCAAGUGAACCUACUCACAUGUACAGACCUGAUAACGAACUUAGAAAAAAUAUACGAAUCGAAGAUAAUAGGAAGUGAGUUGAACAGAGAGAGGGAACAUCGAGGAAUAAAACAAGCAGAUCAUGCUGAAACAAAUUUCACAUACAACUUGAUAACUCUGAUCAAGUAUGCCAUUAUAUACAAUUACGAUAAGGACUUUUUGCAAAAAUUUAAAGUCCUUUCUUUUUUGCUAUUCUACAGAAGUCUUCCGUUUAUUCGAAAUGGUGGAGAUAAAAAGGAAGUCUUUUUUUUGGCAAGCGAAGUAUUGAAGGUAUGUAGAUUGCUACUCUUUUGCAACCUAUACAUAGAACCCGUUGACUAUUUUCAUGACCUGAUUAACCAUUUGCACAAAAGGGACAUGCAUGAUGAUCAUGCCGUUUAUCAGAAGUUCCUCUCACAAACGUAUUUGUAUUUAGCCACGUACAACAUUGUGGGGAGGAGUGUCGACUUGUCAGGGUUCCUCUACAUUAAUAAAAUUAUAAAUACGCUGCAGAUUCAGUUAAUUCACCAGUGUGGAGUUUACCUUUUUUCUGUCUUCUGGUCCAUGAGGAGGAAGCGCCUGAUUGGAGAAAAGUACGUUCGCCACGAGCAUGUAGAGGCACUGCUGAAAACGCUCCAGGUGCUGCUUCGAGCGGGCAUCGAUCAAUUUGACGACUUGUUAGAAGCUUACGCGGGGGAGCCGCAGAAGGAGCCGCAGAAGGAGUCGCAGAAGGAGUCGCAGAAGGAGUCGCAGAAAGAGCCGCGGAAAGAGCCGCAGGAGCCGCCGAAACAGCCUCGGAGGGAAGCUAACUACCCGAACAUCAUCCAGAAGAUAAUUCUCCGCAUGACGGACGGCCCCCUCCCCUUCAACUACGUGAUUUACAAAAACGAAGUCGAUUGGCAUUUCUUCUUCGUCAUUCUUCUCCAAAUAUUUAACAUCAUUUUGCUGAUUGUUGUGGAGCUCCCAUUUUUUUUUCGUGAAAAAGGGGACCACACAAUAAGGAAGUCUUUUAAACACAUUGCUGAAGAUAUUACUACGUUUGAACAGGACACACUGAUUCACUUCAAAAAGGACAUUUUUUACAUGGAACAUAUGCAAGCCUCGUAUAACCUUUUUUUACCGCUGUCCUACCUUUUUUACAACGUUCACGGGGUUAUGAUUAUGAGAGGAACGCACCUCAUGUGUAGUCACACCGAUGAAGACGCUGUGGAGAGACUGCUAUACUCUCUGAGCUUUUGUUCAUCUGUUCCAUUAAGCUACUUUUGUUUAAGGGAAAUUUUCGCCACGUCCUCCUCUGCAGGGAGUAUAACCCCAGGGGGAGAAACCAACGGGGGAGAAACCAACGGGGGCAUUUCUUCUUCACAAAAUUGUGAUAACUUCGAGAACGCUUCCUCUGAGGAAAUGGACACCUCCCUCGAACGAUCGAAUGAACAUAACGAGAUAAUAAUCGAGGAGACCCCUCCAAUCAAUGGCGACCACGUGGACAUCCCGAAGAAUAUUAUACUUUUCUUAGGCAAGUACGUCCAAGGAAAAUUUCUGCUUUACCACAGCAAGAAAAAUAUUUGCUUGCUUUUACUUAAGAAUAUAUUUAGGGAGUGUAAUCGGAGAUGCGAGGAACAAGAACGUGUGGAAGUUCCCCACGAGGGGGAAGCCACCGAGAAAAAAGAGGCACAUAUCGACGCACAUAUCGACGCACAUGUCGACGCACAUGUCGACGCACGUGUGGACGCACUUGUCCACUCCGUCUUCAAAUUUUUCCUGAACAGACACAUCAUCCAUUUUAUCGGAAAGCACAUGGACGUAUCCAUUUUUUUUAAAUACUUUAUUCAAAUUUUUAUCGUCAAUGAGGGAAAAUGCAUUGGGGACUCCCUGGGGGAGAAGAGGGAAAUUUAUGCGUACUUGGAGCGCAUAGCGGAGGAGUAUAUUUUUAAGCGGGUGAGCUGUGCAGACAACGAGGGGGAGCAUCCCGUCCAUGUACACGAUGUACAUCGCCUUGUUAGUGAUUUUGGGAGGGAUCAUCCACAUAAUGAGGGGAACUGUGAAAAUGCUGGGUGGGAAGAUGGUCCGGGAGUGCACCCGUUGGACAUGCACGUGGAGCGCUUGCUAGAAACAAACCGAAGAAGCAUAAAAGGUUGCACUUGUCAAAAAAAAAUACAGAUCAGUACCCAGCUAUCUGUGGCCAUAUUUGAAAAAAUUAUUGAAUCUUUUAAAAUGGCCUAUUUCUUCAGCCCCCUGAUGUUCGCAAUUUUAUUUUUCCUUUCGUCUACGUCAUUUCCAGAGGAAUGUCGAAAGGUGUUUUACAGCGACACAGAUUUGUUGAAAAUUUUGUCAAAAAAUGUAUUCGUUCAUUUUUCUGAUGAUGGAAUGAACUACAUCAUUUUCACUACGUCUACAUCUUAUGGGAGGGAAGAAACAAAUUUUUUAAUUGACCUGACGCCACUUUUCCCGUCCAUUUUUUCUCUCAUGUUGGACGACUCACAUGCCGACUGGUUCGCUCCCAGUAUGCAUAACUACUUCAGAACUCUACGCUCGCAGUAUCCCUACCCUAGUUUGUUGCACUUCCUCUUUUACGUUAGUGCAAACGGGAGGUGA